GACCGUUUCUGGUUGAGAAAUUUCGGAAGGGCGCCCGUAAGUAUGGGCUCCGUUAGCAAUCUCGUUGCGACAUUCGCCUUGACAGUGCUUCUUGUUCAACAUGCACAGGCAGCAUCAGAUUCCACUGCGACGUAUCUGCAAUCAGGUAAAUCAUACCCAAUCUACAUACCACGCAACUACACCAGACGAUUUUACCACGCAACAGCGCUACAAACAAAUGAUACUAAUGUAUUUCGAGUCGUGUUCAAUGAAUUCUCCACCAGUCUUACCAGUCAAGUGCAAAUAGGGACAGGUACUGAUCCAUCUGAUGAAGAGUCUGUCAUCACAACUAUCUAUGGAUAUAGAGGCUACGUUGAAGAUAUCUACAUAGAGGCCAAUGAGAUGUGGAUGGCUGCCAUAGGAGGACCGGCUUACACCUAUCUUGACGUUGAUGCGAACAUCGUUGCUUUUGACCUUUCAUCCAUGUUUAAUUGCACAAUGAGCAAUAUGAGCGUGUCAUCAGAUGUUCUGUGUGAUGGAGUGUACCAUUGCGAUCACUAUGAAGAUGAAUCGGCAUGCAAUUAUUCAAUGACAUAUCUGCAACCUGGUGAAUCCUAUUCAUUCCACAUAUCAUACAACUACAUCAGCCGAUCUUACCACGCAACCUUGCUACAAACAAAUGAUACGAAUGGAUUUCGAUUCGUAUUCCAAGAUUUCCAUAUCGAUAAUGCUAAUCAAGUCCAAAUAGGGGCGGGUACUGAUCCAUCUGAUCUACAGUCUGUCAUCACAACUAUCCAUGGAUAUAGAGACUACGCUGAUGAUGUCUACGUAGAGACCAAUGAAGUUUGGAUUGCUGUCAUAGGCACCUAUGACACCUUUACUGAGAUUUAUGCGAACAUCGUUGCUUUCGACCUAUCUACCCUGCUCAAUUGCACAAUGAGCAAUAUGAGCGUAUCAUCAGAUGUUCUGUGUGAUGGAGCGUACCAUUGCGAUCACUAUGAAGAUGAAUCGGCAUGCAAUUAUUCAAUGACAUAUCUGCAACCUGGUGAAUCCUAUUCACUCUACAUACCAUACAACUACAUCAGCCGAUCUUACCACGCAACCUUGCUACAAACAAAUGAAACGAAUGGAUUUCGAAUCGUGUUCCGAUAUUUAAAUAUGUUACAUGGUGAUGGAAUCCAAAUUGGGACAGGUACUGAUCCAUCUGAUCCACAGUCUAUCACCACAACUAUCUAUGGAUAUAGAGGCUACGCUGAUGAUGUCUACGUAGAGACCAAUGAGAUGUGGAUUGCUGCCAUAGGAGGACCGGGUUACACCUAUUUUAACCUUAAUGCGAACAUCUUUGCUUUCGACGCUACAAUCCUGUGUGAUGGAGUGUACCAUUGCGAUCGCUAUGAAGAUGAAUCAGCAUGCAAUUAUUCUAUGACAUAUCUGCAACCUGGUGAAUCCUAUUCAUUCUACAUAUCAUACAACUAUAUCAGCCGAUCUUACCACGCAACCUUGCUACAAACAAAUGAUACGAAUGGAUUUCGAAUCGUGUUCCAAUAUUUCUAUAUCGGUUAUAGUGAUAAAAUCCAAAUUGGGACAGGUACUGAUCCAUCUGAUCUACAGUCUGUCAUCACAACUAUUAAUGGAUCUAGAUACUACACUGAUGAUGUCUACGUAGUUACCAAUGAGAUGUGGAUUGCUGCCAUAGGAGGACCGGAUUACACAUAUUUUUACAUUAUUGCGAACAUCGUUGCUAUCGACCUUUCAACCCUGUUGAAUUGCACAUUGAGCGUGUCAUCGGAUGUCCUGUGUGAUGGAGUGUACCAUUGCGAUCGCUAUGAAGAUGAAUCAGCAUGCAAUACAGUAUAA